AUGAUCACGAUAAUGGCCAUUAUAACACCAAUGUUGACAUGUCAUCAGGUUGCCGAAUUGGCACACGAGGCCGCACUCACCCAUGAGCAAACAACACGCCUUAUCCACUUGGUUCAAUGCAGUAAGAGCAAAGUUUUCACGCUUAAAAAUUAUGCCGAUGUUAGGAAUACUUGGGAAGCGGCGUCUCAUCGAUUUACACCGUUUGAAAAGGAUACUGUUGUAGUUCUGCUCGACAGUACAGACAAGGAAUACACAGUUUACUUUUGCCCCCUUUGGGAUUGGGUGAUUGAUAUUCUGCGACAUCCCAUCAUCGGCCCGCAUUGCUCUCAGAUACCUCCCGACAUGAAACCAUUAGCGUUUAUUUUGUAUGCUGACAAGUCAAAACUAUCAUCAUUUGGUCGCGAGAAAGAAUAUCCCGUAAUCGCUCGCCUAGCAAACCUUCCCGUCAUGAUCAGAAACGGAAGCGGGAUGGGUGGGGGCCAGGUGGUUGGGUGGCUCCCAUUGGUCAAAGAGGACCCGAAAUACAAAGGUACACCACAAUUUGCCAACUUCAAAGUAGCUGUAUGGCAUGUGUCCAUCAAGAAGGUUCUCGCAUCAAUUGUACCGCCUUCAAUAAGUGGCCGAUGGGCAAAUUGUUGGGACAAUAUUGCAAGGCUCUUCUAUACCCUGGUGUUGAUACUGUCCGCAGACUAUGAGGAGCAGAGUGUAAUGUCACUCACUCGGGGUGUUAUGAGCAACUUUCCGUGCCUGAUCUGUUUGAUUCCCGGAGACGAAUUAGCUUCCAUCAUGCCUCAUAACUACGCUCUUCGGACAAGCCAGGCAACAAACACCCUUUUGAUUGAGGCAAGGGUGGAGCACCGUAAGGGACGACAGGAGGCAAUACUUAAGAGUCAGUCAAUUCAUGAUGUUGAUAAUGCAUUUCAUGACAUGAAUCUGAAGACUACUGACGUGCACCGCGCACUAUGCUAUGACCGACUUCAUGCUGUCCUUCGGGGUCUCUUCGGGGAUCACAUGUGGCCAGAACUACAACUACUAAUUGGCCUUUUGGGAUGCAACCCCACCGUGAAAAUUGACCAGAAUUUUGAUGCACUGCCUCGUUGGCGGAAUUUGAACCAUUUCGAUGCUGUUAUGUCUAUAUCAUUCACCAAUGGAAGUAAAUACGAAGAUAUUUUCAAGGUAAAACUAAUCUAUCUAAAAGCCCUUAAAAAAUUCUCCAAGCUAAUGAAUAAAUAUAUCGAGAAGUCUCAAGCUAUACGGCCAGACAAGAACUGGUCAUUUCCGAAGAACCAUCUAGCUGCCCACCUAUUUGACGACAUCGAGGCUAAGGGAGUGACUUGCAACUACAACACAAAGCUGAACGAGAAGUGUCACGGCCCCCUGAAGGAUUUUAAUCUAGUAAGUUACAUACAGAUUUUACAUGCAGACCAUUGGUCUCUUGUUUCUGAGUUCAUCAGUGGUCGAGUGGAUGAACUGGAUGCAUACAACACUCGGAUGGCCAAAGACGAGGACAAUGAGAAUGACCCCGAUACUAAUGUCCCAUCCAACUUCCAUAUCAGAUUCGGAUCGAAGCAACCGAAAAAGUCUCUGGAGGCAAUCGAAACACAAUAUAUCGAUAAUCCCUCCUUCAGACGAUUCCGCACAAAACUCAAUGCAUUUUUAAAUUCUUUGCCCACUAUUACACAGCAGGCCCAGGUGAACAUUCGGUACUCACCCAUAACUGAUCCCGAGAAGAUAACAGAGUUUCGAUCUCACUUGUGGCUUGCUUCACUUGGUUAUUAUAACAUUCGAUUCCUCAAGGUUAACUACGAGUCGCUAGUUGACUUCCGUCAGACCACCGACUAUCUCCGUUGCAGCCCAAGUUUCCAUAAUCUUCCCCGAUAUGACUGUGUCAUUGUUAACACCACAGCUGGUGUCUUUUUUGCACGGCUCCUCUUCCUCUUUACGUGUGUCAUUCAUGACACAUUCUAUCCCAUCGCCCUUGUACAUCCAAAUGAUGCCAUAACUGGGAGGCGUCUCCAGAAGGACAAACACCUGAAGUUUUGGCGUGUUAGAUCACAACCAAGAGAAACUGCUAGUGAGUUCAUACUAGCAGAAUCGAUCAUCCGAGGAGUUGCUCUCGCUCCCGAUCUUACUACAGCUGGUGACUUUCUCGUUAUGGAUACAGUAGACAGUGACAUAUUUCUGCACAUGAAGCAAAUGCACCUUGCAGCCAGGCAUUAA